GCAGCUAUGUGAGCAUCUGAAGCUGUCCUCCUGCAGUUCAACUGCCACCCCAGCCAUCACAACUGUGCUCCGGGUUUCAUGUUACAGGUUAUCUGCUUUCAAAAACACAGCAGCCCUGACCAUAUGAGUCAGCUUUGCAAACUGCCCUGCUAUUGCUAGGGACACAGCGGGACUCCGGCCAAGACUUCCCCUCAGUUUUCUGCCAAAGUCUGUGUCAGAUGUAAGACACAUGCUCCCGCACGCUUCCUUGAAGACUGGGAAAAGUCAGAAUCCAUCGUUAGGUUCCAGCCUGCUGUAGCCGCAAGUGUCGGUGGUCACACCACCUCCUUAUAAAGCAGCUAGAACCUAGGGCAUAGGGUCGAGAUUUUUUUUUUUCUUUCUUUUGGCUUUCUGGACACGAAAUGACUGGAGAGUGAUUUCUAGCAUAAAGUGGAAGCCAGGGCCACCUCCUGAUUAUUUUUGCAGCAGGAACUUUUAAAAGGUUUUUUUUUUUUUUUUUUUUUUUUGCAUCUUUCUCCCAUACUAAGAUUGUGUGCGGCAGGGGGUGUCCCUUGACUAACUCAAGUCGUUUUGAUUACGACUGAUCAUGUGAUUUUCCAUGUGAAGUUUUGGGGUUUUGAACUUUGCUUCUGGAGAAUGCCUUUUGCCCCACUUUUCAGGAGCUGCCUGGUGUCAAGCGCUUAGUCAUCAGUGGCCCUUUAAAAUAUCCAAAAUGUAUAGAGAGUGGACAGUGAUGAAUGUUCUCAUGAUGUCCUACGUGUACCUGGUGCAGGGCUUCAAUAGUGACCAUGGACCAGUGAAGGAUUUUUCUUUCGAGCAAUCAUCCCGAUCAAUGUUGGAACGAUCUGAACAACAGAUCAGAGCUGCUUCUAGUUUGGAGGAGCUGCUGCAAGUUGCACACUCCGAGGACUGGAAGCUGUGGAGAUGCCGGCUGAAGCUCAAGAAUCUUGCCAGUAUGGACUCACGCUCAACAUCCCAUCGCUCCACUAGAUUUGCGGCAACUUUCUAUGAUACGGAAACGCUAAAAGUUAUAGAUGAGGAAUGGCAGAGAACCCAGUGCAGCCCUCGAGAGACCUGCGUGGAAGUCGCCAGCGAGCUGGGAAAGACAACCAACACGUUCUUCAAGCCCCCCUGCGUGAACGUGUUCCGGUGUGGAGGCUGCUGCAAUGAGGAGAGUGUGAUGUGUAUGAACACCAGCACCUCCUACAUCUCCAAACAGCUCUUUGAGAUAUCAGUGCCUCUGACAUCAGUGCCUGAGUUAGUGCCUGUUAAAAUUGCCAACCAUACAGGCUGUAAGUGCUUGCCCACGGGCCCCCGCCAUUCCUACUCAAUUAUCAGAAGAUCCAUUCAGAUCCCAGAAGAAGAUCAAUGUCCUCAAUCCAAGAAACUCUGUCCUAUUGACAUGCUGUGGGAUAACACCAAAUGUAAAUGUGUUUUACAGGAUGAGAAUCCACUCCCUGGAACAGAAGACCACUCUUAUCUCCAGGAACCAGCUCUCUGUGGACCACACAUGAAGUUUGACGAAGAUCGUUGUGAGUGUGUCUGCAAAACAUCAUGUCCUGGAGAUCUCAUCCAGCACCCAGAAAACUGCAGUUGCUUUGAAUGUAAAGAAAGUCUAGAGAGCUGCUGCCAAAAACACAAGAUUUUUCACCCAGACACAUGCAGGUCAAUGGUCUUUUCGCUUACCCCUUAACUGCAUUGACUGGUGCCAUUUAAAGGGCACAGCGAUCUGAUUCGGUGUGGCUCCUUUGUCUCAUUGCCCAAGCAACCCCUUAAAAAACAGACAAACAGAGGUCUGGCAUCUCACACAUAAGUGGAAGUAUAUAGAGUGAUGAUGAAUUCUGUUGUUGUUUCAAAACAGGGUCUCAUGAAUUUCACACCUGCACCAUCAUGCCUGCUAUCGUGCAAAACAAUAUCUAUCAUAAGCAAAACAAGAAGUCACUGACAUUUAAACAAUCAGAUUAAGGGCGGUUCAGCUCAGCAAGCUUUCUCUCUCUCUCUCUCUCUCUCUCUCUCUCUCUCUGUGUGUGUGUGUGUGUGUGUAUGUGUGUGUUUUCUCAAUGAAGUAGCAGGCUAGCACUAGAUUUGUGUAGGCAAGAAGUUUCUGGAUGACUAUGACCCUUGGAGGCUGUUGAUUGGACUUUGAUCAAUUUCAAACCUACCCAAAUUAACCACUGAGAUUUUUUUAAAUAAUUAAACUUUUUCUUUGAUGAUUUCAUGCACACAGAAAAUGCAUUCUAAUUACUUGUACCCUUACACUCUCUUACCUCCAUCCUACUCCUGUCCACCCAUUUCCUCCCUUCAAGUCCCUCUCCCACACUCAGAUCUCUUUGUUUUGUUUUGUGACCCUCUAUAGACAGUCGGGGCCAUCUGUGUGACCACAGGUUUGGAACCAUCUGUCAGAGCUUGUUCUGUUCACCCACCUGUAGCACCACAGCCGAAGACAGUGACUCCCAGUCUCCCAGCUUCUAUCGGUAGCCUACAGUUCAUUACGGAGGGGUGGGGCCCCUCACAAAUGCAGAAGUGGCCACCUUGUGUAGGCCUAGGGCAGAUUCUCGCAGCUGUUGUGAGUUCCUAAUUGCAAAGGCUGCAUCAGGCCUCCAAGAUGGCAUUGCCUAGCCCUUCUCUCUGGCUUCUGAUUGGGACAUUUUCCCGGCCCCUCUUCUGCGAUGUGCCCUGAGCUUUAGAGGAGGCGGUAUCAACAUCUUCGUUAGGGCCGAGCCCCCAGCCAGUUGAGUGCCCCUUAGAAUAUUACAUUGACAUUUUAAACACGUCCGGAAAUUCUUCUUUGAAAGCAGAAUCAAAUGAAAUCAGAGCUGAAUGGUUUCCUUGAAGUUGACCCUUGCUCCUAAAUUCCCAUCUUCACUCUCUUUUUCAACAGCUGUGAGGACAGAUGUCCUUUUCACACCAGAACAUGCGCGAGUAGAAAGCCAGGCUAUGGAAAGCACUGCCGCUUUCCAAAGGGGCCAAGGGCCCAGGGCUUCACAGCCAAGAGCAUCCUUGAUUCAACUGUCUCCCAAGUUCCUCAUCCCUGUUAUUUUAAAUAGCCUGCUGCUUUAUCGAGCUGCUGUCAGUGAGGCCCACCCCCCAGGUGUUAGAAAACUUGAUUUUACCUAAUGCCGUGGUGAAUCCACAUUCCCGUGCAAGAGCUGCUGGGUGAGUCCCUGGUUCACUGACAAAUGACUUCUAGCUUCAGGUGCAUCCGCACACCAGUGCUCAGGAAGGAAGGGGUCUGGAGAGUCCUUUGUUCUGAUGAAUGAGAAAGGGUUGCUUGCCACCGAGUAGCAGGUGCCGCGUGAUUGAGUAAUCAGACUGGCAAAGUCCGAGUGCGCUGCUUAGGAAUUCUUCUGGUUCUUUCUUUUGCGGAAUUUCAUUUGGAUGCUCAGCAUUGAUGUAAUUCCUGUUCAGCUUCUACUUUUCAAGUUUAUUGAGCCACUGCCUGAUGUUUCAUUUUUAAAUGUAUUUAAAGGAAAUAAACAUCAUUAUUCAAGCCGUAGAACUUGGUGUCCUUUGCUCUGCUGUUCCUCUGUAUUUAGUGCUAAUGGGAAAUAUUUUCAAGACAAAAGAAAAUCUAGAGAUGGGAGGUGAGGGAACAAACAAAUAGACUAAAACUAUACCUCAGUUUUGGGGAGCCAAGGCAGAGUUCCCAGCACGCUUAUCAUUCUAAAUAAGGGUGACGCCAGAAUGCCGGGAAUCACCCCACUGCCCUCUGGCUCUGUCCUCACACUCCGUGGCAUGUGAAUAAAUUGAACUUGAACAUCAUCCUUUUAGGACGAGGAACCUAACCAUGCUAAGAUCUCCCCACCAUUUGGGAUUAAGCAAACAAAACCCGUG